UAACAUGGAGCCCAAAUUAGGCGCGAUGGAGAUCUCAACGUUCGCGUGCACCAUUCACAGUACCAAUUGUAUCAGUGUUCCUUCUCCUGCGUAUUGGGCGAGUGUGAGCACGGUAAGAUGCAGACCAUUGCGAGGCGCUUAGGGCACCAAUCGUCGACAUCGUUCAGGGCUAUCUAUCCAAUUUCCAAUCACUAUUAUGUAGCGGAUCAUCAGCGUCAUGUUUCUACCAUCGCCCCCAAGGGCGUGGGUCACCUCGUUCGCAAGGGCACUGGUGGACGAUCGUCUGUCAGUGGCAUCAUUGCUACAGUAUUUGGGGCAACGGGAUUCUUAGGUCGUUAUGUUGUCCAACAACUUGCUAAAAUGGGAUCUCAAGUCCUAGUUCCUUUCAGAGGCUCUGAAGAUUGUCCCCGUCAUCUCAAAUUGAUGGGGGAUUUGGGACAGAUUGUACCCAUGAAAUACAAUCCAAGGGAUGAAAGUUCAGUAAAAGCAGUGAUGGCCAAGGCCAACGUUGUUAUCAAUCUGAUUGGAAGGGAUUAUGAGACAAGAAACUACAGCUUUGAAGAGGUGCACUAUCACAUGGCUGAGAACCUUGCUAAGAUUUCCAGAGAGCAUGGUGGUAUCUUGAGAUUUAUCCAAGUUUCUAGUUUAGGCGCAUCUCCAUCAUCUCCAUCCAGGAUGCUUAGAGCCAAAGCCGCUGCUGAGGAAGUGGUUUUAAGGGAAUUACCUGAGGCCACAAUCUUGAAACCGGCUGUUAUGAUUGGUACAGAGGAUCGGAUUUUGAACCCAUGGGCUCAUUUUGCGAAAAAGUAUGGCUUUAUUCCAUUGUUUGGAAAUGGGAGCACAAAGAUCCAGCCUGUUUAUGUGGUUGAUGUUGCUGCUGCACUUACUACAGUCUUGAAGGAUGACGGCACUAGCAUGGGAAAGACUUAUGAAUUGGGUGGUCCAGAAAUCUUUACUGUGCAUGACUUGGCAGAGCUUAUGUUUGAAACAAUCCGAGAAUGGCCUCGUUACGUGAAGGUGCCUUUCCCCAUUGCAAAGGCAUUGGCAACACCAAGAGAAAUAUUACUAAACAAGGUCCCCUUUCCGCUACCUACUCCUGAGAUAUUAAAUCUAGAUAAGAUCCAGGCUUUAACUACAGAUACCGUUGUUUCAGAAAAUGCUUUGACUUUCAAUGAUCUUGGAAUUGUUCCUCAUAAGCUUAAGGGAUACCCCGUUGAGUUUCUUAUCUCAUAUAGGAAAGGAGGCCCACAAUUUGGUUCUACCAUCAGUGAAAGAGUCACUCCAGAUGCUUGGCCAUAAGUUUCUUUCGAUAUUUUGAUCCUGAAUCAUUUUUCUGUCUUGCUUGUACUUCCUCCAUUUCAUUUCACUAUUUAAAGAAGGUCUGAAAGGCUUUUGUAUCUUCCUUUCCUAAUCUGUAGAAUACGUGAUCAUGUUUGACUAUGAUAAUAAAAUCCAGAUACAUGUUGAGUCCCGAACUUAAA